AUGAGGGCUUCCACGGCCAUCCCGACCAUCUGGGACACCCUGCAUAUCGCGACGACCUCGUUCGAGCUGCCGGUCUCAUCGGACGUGCUGUACCUCGUCUCCCACGGGAGUCUGUCCUUUGCGAGCGGCUCUGUUCAGAUCACUGACGAAGGGAGCGCCGGCUCCGAUGUCGCGGACGUUGAGAUCACAGCUUUCUUCGACCACGAGCAUGAGUUCGCCUUGACAAGGGUCUGCGCCCUAACCGCCUGCGGAGGGGGUGAACGGCGUCGGUAUAUUCGUAAGCACCCACUUUUACUCGCAGGCGGCACCAUCAAGUUUGAUUCGAGAUCAAGGUUAAGUUGCCCGCCGCACCCGUCCCCUCUCUUCAUCAACAAAUUCGAAACACAUUUGCCCUGGUUUGCACACCAUGUUGGGGACCUGAAGGACAGCGUGUACUUCGGCAGAGUCUCCCUCCGCAGCGCGUUCAUAGGUUACGACGUUUCGUCUCUGUUCGGAGAACACAUCGACGUCACGACGACCCUCAGCGCGAUCAAAGGCUCAUUCAACCCCUCGUCCUACCUCACGCUACACACCUCCAAUGCGCCCAUCUCCGUCCAGGUCGGGAUGUUGAACGACCCUGAAGGAAAUCACACCGUGGUCGAGAUACACACCAGCAAUGGCCCAAUAAAAGCGAACAUGGACCUCCUCUCCGCGGCGUCCUCCGGCACGGGCGGGAACUUCUCCGUCGACGCCCGCACGCCGCAGUCGACUCAGUGCUGCGCCUGUCGCGCUCACGUCGAACUCGCCCGCACGCGCAGUCCUGCACCCAACGUUCGAGGGCGCAUUCGCGCUUGCGUCGUCGUUCCCGUUCACGCCUGCCGUCGACCGCAACACGGACGUGGUGGACCUCGCGGGGUGCGGACGCGGGCGCCAGCGCAUAUUGUGAUCUUGCAAUCACUGGGUAUUGCCACACAGGGGAAUUUAUCCACGCUGGAUUUGAACUUUAUCAACCCGACUGCUCUUCCCAAGCAAUACAUCGAUCUCCUCCCAUCUCAGGCAGAGUGGGACGCACAGAGGAACGUACACGUUUUAAACGGACGACCUUUACUCAUCAGACCAGAUCAACACAUUGAUCACCCAAGUGGUGACUACGAAGCAGGCCUACCCCAUAACGUUGGAGGGCUCGUACUAUCACACAUCGCAGACAGCGGCAUACCUAUCUCUUAUCCAGGAGAAAGACCAGACGCCCCUUGGAACCCCCCUGUCCAGGAUCCCGUACCCCAACCGAUUCUUGCACCAAUUAUAUCCGAUUACAUACCACCGAUGGCUACAGUUACCAUGGAUGAAGGACGUCACCAUGUUAGCCAGAAGGAACUUGGUUUUAGAAAACCCGAGAUCUUCAACGGUUCAGACCAUUCGAAGCUUAGGGAAUUUAUAAACCAAUGCAAGAAUUACAUGGCCGGAAAUAGCCAUGUCUACCAGGAGGACAAUCAGAAGAUCGCAUUCGUGCUAUCGCACAUGCAAGGAGGAACAGCAGGAUCAUGGGCACAGAGCUUCAUAGAAACGGAACUCACCAAUGAUGACUUCCUUUCUUAUGGGAGUUGGAGAGACUUCAUUGCAAGUGUGAACAAAGCAUUUGGCGAUGAAAAUAUUGAAGAAACCGCUCGUACCUUGCUGCGUAACAUCAAGCAAGGAACUCGUACUGCGGACGACUACAUUGCCGAAUUCCGAUCGCUUGAAUCCAAGGCGAAACUAGAAGAUGCCGGAAAUAUCGAGUAUUUCAAGUGGGGACUUAACGACCCACUCAGACAAAGGAUAUAUGGGAUGGAAAGCAUGCCCAAGACACUUGACAAGUGGUACGAAUACACCUCGCGGUUUGAUAACCAAUGGAGAUCUGCUCAGAUCUUCAAGCGAGGAACCACUACGACGACGCGAGGAAAGGGCCGAUCUGUCCAUCGUCCCUACUACUCGGCUUCUGCAAAGGAUCCAAACGCGAUGGAUGUUGAUCGUGUCAGUAUCUCGCGCUUAUCCCCAGACGAGCGACAGAAGAGAAUGAAAGAAGGACUAUGUUUCCUAUGCGGAAAGAAGGGCCAUAUAGCCAACGACAGACAAUUUCACCCCCAGUCUGGAAGUUUCACCCGUGCUAGAACGAUACAGCCCGGGUUAGACACAGACACGAUCACAUGGAUCAAGAAGAUGCGAGAAGACCUCGCACAGAAGAAGGAGACGUCGAAGGAAGAAACCAGAGAGGAACAGAUCGCCUAUGUGCGAAACGUCUUCAACGACAUGACUGACGAAGAACGAACCCAAUUGGAAAAGGAAGACGUUACAACAGAAGCCUUGAUCGACUCCGGUGCAGCCGAAACGUUCAUGAACAUUCAUUUUGCGGAAGAAAACGAUUUCAUCAGAUGGGAAUUACCAAAACCGAUUACAGUCAUGAAUGCAGAUGGCACACCAAAUCAAAUGGGCACCAUUACUCAUUGUACCUGGAAGAUGAUGAAAAUCGGAGGAAGGAAGACACUUACUCGCUUCCUCUUGACCGGCAUUGGCAAAGAAAACAUACUUCUCGGCAUGCCGUGGCUUAAACGCCUCAAUCCAAUGAUCAACUGGGAAACCGGUGACUUUUGGUUUGGUAAAGACGCCAAAUGGCCACCGAAACCCACCGUCGAAGAUGCACCAGAUGAAGAAGUUUCGAUUUUCAAGGAAGAUGGACUCCCAGAGUUAAUCACCACCGAAACUUCCCCUACCUCAUUUAGACAUUCGGAGUCUAUUAGAGAAAUCACAGCCGAUAACACUGAGCGUGGCGAGUUACCCGCAGUGCGGAAUGAUACUGAACCAGAUGACCCACCAUCAGAAACCCCUAUGGAUCAGCUCGAUGACGACGAUCUAGUUAUAUCCUAUAUCGCAGGAGAGCCAGUUAUUGGGAUAUUUGAACCCAUCAGGAAGGAGUCACCUUUGACGAAUGAAGAGACUGAAACCACAGUCUUCACCAUACGAAGAGGCCCCGCCAUUGGAAGAAUGACACACAGUACUCGAUCCCCAUUAUUCUGUAACGCACAGAAUACGGUCUUUUACAAACCAUCCGGAAAAUCACAAGAAUUGGCACAACAGGCACACAAGGAAGCAUCAGCUGUAGACAAACCCAAAACCGUCGAGGAGUUGGUCCCCAACUACCUCCACGAUUUGAAGUCCGUCUUUGAAAAGAAAGCAGCUGAACGCUUUCCAGAAACCAGACCUUGGGACCACGCCAUUGACUUGAAACCCGAUUUUAUUCCACACGACUGUAAAGUCUAUCCGUUAUCGCUCAAAGAACAAGGAGCGAUGGAUGACUUCCUGGAAGAAAAUCUGCGAAAAGGAUACAUCCGACCAUCGAAAUCUCCCAUGGCUUCACCAUUUUUCUUCGUAGGAAAGAAAGACGGAGCACUACGUCCCUGUCAGGAUUACCGAUACCUGAAUGAAGGGACGGUGAAGAACGCCUAUCCUCUUCCGCUCAUUUCUGACCUUAUGGAUCAAUUCAAAGGCGCAUCGAUCUUUACGAAAAUGGACUUACGCUCCGGAUAUAACAAUGUCAGAAUCAAAGAUGGUGACCAAUGGAAGGGUGCAUUUAAGACGAAUCGCGGACUUUUCGAACCUAUGGUCAUGUUCUUUGGACUCUGCAACUCCCCGGCGACUUUCCAAAUGAUGAUGAACGCACUCUUCAAGGACAUGAUCGAUGAGGGAUGGAUAGUCAUUUACAUGGAUGAUAUCCUCAUCUUCUCAAACGAUUUGGAAGAACAUCACGUUCGAACCCGACACGUACUCCAACGACUUAAAGACAGCGACUUAUUCCUUAAACCGGAAAAGUGUUUCUUUGACGUUAAAGAAGUCGAAUUCCUAGGCAUGAUCAUUCGAGAAAACUACAUUGGCAUGGAUCCUAUCAAACUUAAAGGAAUUGCAGAAUGGCCUGAACCAACCACGGUAAAAGGUGUUCGCUCUUUCCUAGGGUUUGGAAACUUCUAUCGGAAGUUUAUUGCCAACUUCUCGGAUAUUGCCAAACCAUUGACGAAUCUUACGCGCACUGUCGCUGGAUCUCCACCUUUUGAAUGGACAACAGAAUGUCAGACAGCUUUCGACACAUUGAAGCAACGAUUCAGUACCGCCCCAGUACUGUUACUGCCUGACAAGGCAAAACCCUUUAUUGUUGAAUCCGACGCUUCCAAGUUUGCUACGGGUGCAGUUUUACGCCAAGCCGAUAUCAAUGGAGACCUCCAUCCUUGUGCCUACAUUUCACAGACACUCAAUCCAGCUGAACGGAACUACGAAAUCUACGACCGCGAACUCCUCGGAAUCAUUCGAGCCCUCACUGAAUGGCGCCAUUAUCUUGAAGGCUCUCCCCAUCCCGUCGAAGUUCGCAGUGAUCACAAGAACCUCACGUACUUCCGUACAGCUCAGAAGUUAAACCGCCGACAAGCACGAUGGAGUCUCAAAUUAUCACAAUUUGAUCUUCACCUCAUCCAUGUCCCUGGAACUCAGAUGAUCCAAUCUGAUGCGCUCUCUCGUCGUAAUGGACUCGAUGACAGUGAAAGUGACAACGAAGAUCGCAUUCUUUUACCCAACGCACUAUUCGUGCGAUCCAUUUCCCCGACACUAUUCGACGAAAUCAGGAAUCACGCAGCAAAAGACCUCAUUGUUCACGAAGCCCUCGAAGCGAUUGCACACAAAGGGCCAUUCCCCAUGAAAUCAUCGCUUUCCGACUGGGAAGUUCGCGAUGGUGUCAUCCUCUACAAGGGAAAGAUUUACGUUCCACCAUCCGAAACUCUUCGUCGUGACCUCGUUCGACUACAUCACGACUCCCCUGCCAUGGGUCACCCUGGAAAGUUCAAUACUCUUGAACUGUUACGUCGUGAAUUCUGGUGGCCCGGCAUGUAUACAUUUGUCUACAAUUAUGUUGAAGGCUGUGCCGCCUGUCAACAAAUGAAACCGAAUACUCAUCCAACUCGUAUUCCUUUGGAACCAAUUCCCACCGACCCACACGCAUUACCAUUUUCCUGUUGCACCACUGAUUUUAUUACCGACCUCCCCGUUUCCAACGGUUUUGAUUCAAUUAUGGUCGUAGUAGACCAUGACCUUACGAAGGGGGUGAUUCUUACGCCCUGCCUCAAAACGAUCACAGCUGAAGGAACGGCCAAGAUUUUUCAUGACAAAGUAUACUCGCGAUUUGGAUUACCCGACCGAAUCAUCUCGGAUAGAGGACCUCAAUACGCAUCCAAGGUCUUCCAAGAGUUAAAUCGACUACUCCAGAUCAGAUCAUCAAUGAGCACAGCUUAUCACCCUCAGACGGACGGAGAAACAGAGCGAGUCAACCAGGAGCUGGAAAUCUAUCUUCGACUCUAUUGCGGAAACAACCCUGAAACAUGGGCCGACCGCCUGCCAGACCUCGAGUUUUGUCAUAACACAAGGGAACACUCGGCACGGAAGAUGAGCCCAUUCCGCAUCAUGAUGGGAUACGAACCACGUGGACUCCCUUCCGUAUUUCCGACCACGAACAUUCCAUCGGUUGAAUCCAGGCUUGACAUGUUGCAGAAGAUAAGGCUAGAAGCACUAGCCAUGCACGAGUUAGCCCGACAACAGAUGGCGGACCGAGUCAGACAAGGAUCGCCGAAGUUUACACUAGGACAGAAGGUCUGGCUAGACUCGAGGAACCUGAAGGUCAAUUACGCCUCGCGCAAGAUAGCACCAAAGCGUGAAGGGCCAUUCGAAAUUGCCGAAGUCAUCGGACCGGCCAACUAUCGUCUCAAACUCCCGAAGACCUGGCGAGUUCAUUCCGUAUUCCAUGCCGCCCUUCUAUCUCCUUAUCGCGAAAACGACAUACAUGGUCCGAAUUACAUGAACCCACCACCUGAUGUCGUUGAUAACGAAGAAGAGUACGAAGUCGAAGCCAUCCUGAAUCACAAGACAUACCGAGGUCAUCUGAGGCAGCUGUGGAAUGGCUCAUUGCCACUGAUUAAGUAUGUGGCACUUGAGCACUCAGCCUUCAUGAACAUGAUCAACAUUGCAGCUCGUGCACUGGAUGGAGUGACGAUACCAAACUGCAAAUGCACUCGUGAAGAGAUCAUGGACAUGUUCAAGUGUCGCCUUAUGGAGUUACAACAGAAACUAAAUAGUGACGCCGUGCAAGGGCUUGUCAAUUUGAUGUGCAACACAUGGCAGGCUUCGAACACAGAUGACUACUUUGCUAUCACAGACUUAUGGGUAGAGGAGACCGGACCUGGCUUGUGGAGUGUGCAAACUGCACUUCUCAGCUUCAUGCAGCUCAGCAAUGCUCACAACAAAAAGUGCCUCAGCCAAGCUCUAUUCAAGAUUGUUGCCCAAUUGCAGAUCACACAUAAGAUGAAGUUUGUGAAGCACAUCAGGCAUGAAAUGGGUAAGAUUUAUGAUGCCAAAAGGUGUCGCAUCCGCUGUCUUGCACAUAUUAUCAACCUCGCGAUGCAAGCCGUUAUCUCAACCUACAGCAAAUCAAAACACUUUGACCCAGAGAAGCUCAAUGAAGACCUCACAGCACCGCAGGUGACUCAGCAUGAUGAGAUUGGGCUUAUCCGAUUGAUCUGUGUGAAGAAACAUUCAUUGGCAAAGUGCAAGCGACUGUUUAAAGACAUCCAAGUGAAAGAGGACACCAAGAACCCCUUACAGCUCCUGCUAGACAUGCUGGUGCGAUGGUCCUCAAUAUUGUUGCAAUGCAUCAACACCUUCAUAUUCAAGCUUGGGUGCAAAGAGAAGGAUCAAAGCAAAAGGAAAAAACUUGAUGAGCUUGAGCUUUCCGAUCAAGAAUGGGGUCAUGUGAAGUCAUUCCUCGAUCUGCUCGCACAUGCUGAUAAUGCACAGCAGGCAUUCUCCACCGAUCAAGGACUGACCCUCCAUCUGGCCCUUCCAACACUCAAAGCCCUGCACAAGGCAUGGUCUUCUCGUGCAGAGUGCACAAAGUACGUGGACUUCAUGGAGGCACUAGAGGCAGAUAUCGCCAAGAUUGUGGAGUACUAUGAGAGGUUCGCAGACUCAGAAACAUAUACCAUUGCCAUGCGUGCAUCACCAUAUCACCAUCAUUCAAUAUUGAUACUCACACUAAGGCAUGCACGCUCAACAGUUCUUGAUCCAUCUGAGAAGAUAAACUAUAUUCGCAAGUACUGGAAUGAGGACUUGUUGAAGGAGGCACUCGAGCAUGCGGAGGUCAUGGUGCAUGUACAUUUUACUUCACUACAUACACAUUGA